GACAGGAUAGAUACGCAGUUGCGCUUCAAAAUGACCCUCAUUGUUCACCACCUCAACAACAGUCGUUCUCAGCGGGUGCUCUGGCUGCUGGAAGAGCUUGGCGUUGAUUAUGAGAUCAAGCACUACAAGCGUGGACCGGACAUGCUGGCUCCUAAGGAGCUCAAGCAAGCGCACCCUCUGGGCAAAUCCCCUUUCAUCACCGAUACGGAUCUGAGCGGAAAGGAGAUUACGCUUGCGGAGAGCGGUGCCAUUGUCGAUUUCAUCAUUGAAAAGUACGGCAAGGGCGCUGCUGUGCCUGUUUCUACCGAAGACAAGCUCGAGAACAACAUGUGGUCGCACUUUGCGGAAGGCUCACUAAUGCCCACGAUGGUGAUGAAGUUGAUCUUUAGCACGGUGCCUACUCAAGCACCGUUCCUCGUUCGACCCAUCGUCUCAAUCAUCUGCGGUCAAGUGUGCGGCAGGCUGGUCGAUCCCGACAUCAAAUCCAAGCUAACAUACGUAUCGCAAGCGCUCUCCAAGCGUGGAGACCCCGCCACUUCGGACAAGGAGAUUUGGUUUGCCGGAGGUGACAAGGAUGGAAAUCCCACGUCGGCAGAUUAUCAGCUCAUGUUCCCGCUGGAAGCUAGCAUUGUGGGUGGAAGGGCUGCAAAUGCUCCUGCGAAUCUCAAGGCGUACGUUGAAAAGGCACAGAGAAGGCCAGCAUAUCAGAGAGCACUCGCAAAGGGCGGCGAGUACGCUUACGCUGCCAAGCUGUGAGCGAGAUGGGCUUUGCAAAUAGCACGCUAAACUACCUCGCGCGGCCCAGUCUCCCUCCUACUCUUUCCAACCGCCACUCGGCGAGUCUUGCAGCUUUGACGCCUCCGUCAUGAUCGUCCCCAGAACACGUGGAUCGAUCGCAUCGAUGCUGGGCAGCGCGUCACGCAACGCGCCAUUCACUCGCUUCACUCUUGUAUGGUGUCUCUUGUCCACCGUCGAUGAGGAUGCCCUAUUCGAAUGCAUAUGCAUCGCUAACCGUCGCAUUUGGA